AUGACCACCUCACGCACAGCUUCAAUCGCAUCUGCGGUCCCUUGCACUUACACCUUAUUCUUUCAUUCUGGGUCGAGGACGAUCCAACACGUCUACCACCUGUGCCCGAUCCUAUCCUGGCUUCCGUACGACUCCAAGAGCAAGAAGAAGAUCCAAAUUGUCAACUACGAAGAAACUGCACCCACUCGGACGCGUUACGUCUAUGAUAUCGCGCUCCUAGGAUCGGGUGGUCUGGAGAGAGAUAGGACGCUUCCUGCAAGCCUUCAAUGCCCAGAAGGAACUAUGAUAUGUCUAACAGUCAUAAAUACGCGUCCUGAACAUCCGUCCGAGCCAUCUCGCAUCCUACAAGUCGUUCCUGUGGCCUCUGAGGCGGAAGACAUCCCCGAGGCCAGCCUCAUCUCCUUCAACUCCUCAAGCGGUGGCCAUCAGCUCCAGCUCACGUUCCAUGGGGGCCAAUACCUGAAUCGAAGGCAGCGAGCGCUAUUCUAUUUUAAUUGCCAGUCGUCGGAACCUGAUGUCUCGACACCCACGUUUCUCUGGAGCUUCAACGGGACACAUUCCUUCUCAUGGUCCACAAAGCAUGCAUGUCCAUCUACGUCAGAGACUCACACACCUUCUUCCACCCUCGCCUCAAGUCCAACACCUCAUCUACCGGGCGGCCCACCCGUCAACGAGCCUCCACUGGAUCCUGACAACCACAACAGCCAUCUGCCACCAGCACACGGGAGUGGCUAUACAGUGUUUCCCCUUCUCGUUCUCAGUCUAGCUUUCAUGUGCGUGUGCCUUUGA